GCCACGUUGAGAACAUCGCCAUAUUGUCAACACAAACCGGCUGUGGAGUUGAUGUCUUCUACGAAAACAGACAAAUUUCAACUUAUGUUGCAUAUAGUGUAGAGUAAAACUUUCGUUGUAACCUAGUCUAACUAGUAGAUAUCUAAAACUAAUUAAUUAUGGGACAUUUAUAUAUUUUUGUAGUCCUUUUAGCAAGCUCAUUAUCAAUAAUAAAUGCAGUGGAACUCACGUUUGAGUUGCCAGAUAAUGAAAAGCAGUGCUUCUUCGAAUCGAUAGAAAAGGGUACUAAAAGUACCAUUGAAUUUCAAGUUAUAACUGGGGGUCAUUAUGAUGUAGAUAUGGAAUUAACAGCACCCAGUGGUCAGAUUCUGUAUAAAGAUGUUAAAAAACAAUAUGAUAGUUUUACAUGGACAGCCGAUUUAACUGGUAUCUUUAAGUUCUGUUUUAGUAAUGAAUUCUCUACUUUCUCUCAUAAAGUAGUUUAUUUUGAUCUAGAAGUUGGUGAUGAAAAACCUUUAGUUGAAGGCAUGACUUCACAUGAUACAGCAAUGACAUUGAUGGAAACCUCUGCACAGAAUACACACGAAGAUUUGAAAACAGUUUUAGACUAUCAAACACACUUCCGACUUCGAGAGUCGCAAGGUCGUGGAUUUGCAGAGGAUCUAAAUGAGCGCGUUAUGAUUUGGUCAAUUGGAGAAUCCAUUAUAAUAGUUAUUAUAUGUAUAGGACAGAUUCUUGUUUUGAGAAGUUUCUUUACAGAUAAACAUAAAACCCCUAGUGCUACGUGAUCUUAGUAUUUAUUAGUGUAAUGUCUAUAUUUUCAGUUUAUAUAUCAAUUUUGUAAAAUUCAGUUCAUUUCUAUAAUACCAUGAUUAAUAUAGAAGACAUGCUUAAAUACAAAAGAUUUCCACUGUUUGUUUUAAAAUUAAUUGUGUACAUGUAAUAGUAUACAUGUUGUAUGUGCAUGGUAUCAAGUAUCGUGAAUGUGAUGCAUUCUUCCUCUCUAAACAACUGCAUCAUAUCAAUCAUAGAAUUCUUAUAUUCAUCAUAGCAUUGAUCAACUGUUAAUGUUAUAUGAACAACUGUAUAAGGAAUGAACUGAGUUUUGUUGUAGAAUAUUGGUGAAAAAUAUUUUGUUGUAUAUAAGUUAUGUUUAUUAUUUACUAAAUGUAAAUGUAUAUAUAAUUAACGACUUGGUAAUGAUUUCUAUAUACAAAAAACUAAUGUGUUUGUAGUGUAUGGCUCAAUAUAUAGGCUACAUAUUCAUGUAUCUCAAACUUUUGCUUUUAAAAUAACGACGUCUGCUGAAUGCAUGCGAAAUGAGGCACUUAAGUUUACAAGUAAUGUGAAUAAAUCAAAAUGACUAAAUUUGAUGUCCUGCACCUCACUGUUGGCAGAAAUUAACCAAGGAUAUUUUGUCAAUGAAUAAAAAAAAGUUCAGUAAACUACUAGGGAUUAAACCUGUUCAUUUGUUGAAUAAUAAAGUACAGGUAAUCUCCUGACCUCCAGAAAAGCUGGUAGAAAUUCGGAAAUUUUGAUGUACCAGGUUUUGUCAAGGCAAAAUGAAUACAGCAUCAACAAUAUUGAUAAUCAGGAAUUACACUUUUCGAACCAAAGUCUCUUGUUAAGUGGUAGCACAGCAUUGGUUUCAAGAUUUGUCUUGUCAUUAGAAAAUGGCACAAUAUGCACUGCAGUUUAUAGUGUUUACUAUCAUUACAAUGUCAGUCUGGUUCAGUUUUCAAAUACAUGUACGUACACAAAUAGUUAAAUGUGACUUUGUUGUGUAAAUUAUUUUAUUUAGCCUACACAAUUUUUUUAUAUAAUGUUUAUUUUUAUUUUGAAUUUCUUGUAG